GAAAAAUGGAAGUAUUUGAAAAGUUAAAGGUGAAACAAAAACCAAAAUAAAAGAAAACAAAAGUACCAUAUUCACGUGAAAAUUCCGUUUUCAAAAUACAUCUUCCAUUAACGUAUGGAAAUCCUCAGUUGGUAAGUCCGUCCGGGCGAUUUCAAAGUAUUGAUCUCGCAAAAAAUUGUCAAACCACUUGCACUCCCACCUUCUCAAGCACUCGUGCGCUUCGUACAAAUAUGCGAAACGAGUGCUAAUUUAUUGAGCUUCGUUUUUUCUCUCUUUUACUCGACGCAUUCCUACUCCGUUAUGAUUUGCCGAGUGCUAAUUGUCCAGUUAAACAGCCGUCGGCGAGUUACAGUUAAACGAAUCUAUAUAGUUAAAAGCCCUACGAUUUGUUCUCUCGCGGGCAAAGAUGUCAGUCGUCGUAAGAACGACAUAGCGCAGGUUUAGGAUGAGCAAGUGGACGCUGCCGCUGGUGCUCGCGAGCUUCGAGCUUGUCUUUAUGGUGACGGCCUACUCCAAGGUUUCGGUGAAUAAUGGACAGGCCAGAUCUAGUGGCUCCGUUCAGGAUGUUGCGUUUACAGUUUCUCCCAACGUCUAUGUUGUUACACCGAGGACUAUCGAGCUGAGACCUGGCGAAGUUGUCGAUCAUCCUUCCACACCUGUCGGCUACUCGACGCUCGACGAAGAGCAAGUAGCCCAGCUAGACGCGAUGGAAAGUCGUCAACGAGCCCAGGAUCGUUUUGUGCCGCACUCGGGCAUAGACGCUCACACUCACGCGUUGAGGCAGCAGCAGUUGCAAAAGCCGUCGAGCUCGCCAACGAGUAACGACGUGGUGUACACGAAGCCCAUCGUCUCGAUGACUUUUGAUUAUCCGUCCGGGCCGACAAGUUACGAGGGUAAACCUGGAAAACCGGGGAAUGAUUUGCCUCUGUAUCCGCCGUUGAAGCCAUUAGAUUCUUAUCCAUCGAGUCCCAGCAACGACGAUGCACCUCCAUCGCCGAUUCACGCGUCCGACGCCUCAACAUUCAACUUCGACAAUCCACCGAAGUCGAUAGAAUACUUGAGCCACUACGAGUCGCCUUUCGUAGACGUGCCGUCAUACGCAGGCCCUUACCCACACGACGAUAUUAUCUACGAUGAUCAUGAUUAUCACCAUCAUCACCAGCACAAUCGUCCGAAACCUACGACCACCGAGGAACCGGAAAUGAUGGAUCAGCGGCUUAACAAUCGGCCUCAUUAUUCUUAUUACUACAUCGGCAAGAAACUGUGGUACGUGCCGCUUUACUUUAGCAUUUACUUCAUUAUUUACAUCGCUGCACUGGUGCUGAAAAGCAUUGCCCGCCACAAGAUUAACUUGCCUGCGAAUCUGGCUGCCGCUGCCGAAGGCGCCAACGCGCGCAGUCAAGAUGGUCUCGGAUGGAGGGAUUACGUUGUCGGUGUUCUCGAUGCCGUUGAAAAGUAUGGGAGUGUUUUCAAAGAUUGAGACGAUCGCGUGGUUUUAUAUUGCUCAUCGAUAAUGUAUAUAUUUGGCUACUGGGUCGUGUAAAUAGAAUGUUGCUGCGUUAUAUUUUCGAAGUAUAAGUAGUUAUGUGUCUAUGAUUUAGAUUUAAAUUUAGAAUAAACCGUAGGAUUUGAGAAUGUUAUGUAUUCGUAUUCGUUCACCUGUAUCUAAUGGCGAUUAAUAAAAUGAAGUUUCUUAUAGAUUCUACUUUU